CUUCUCUGUCAUUUGUAGCUUCUCUUCCAAAAUUUAACUUUCUGUCUCCUCUUUUUAUUCAAGCUUACUUAUAAGUUAUAAUUAAUAUACUUUGUAUACAUAAUAAGUACGACAUGGGAAGAUCACCCUGUUGUGACAAGAAUGGGUUGAAAAAGGGGCCUUGGACCCCGGAAGAAGAUCAGAAGCUUAUGGAUUAUAUUCAGAAGAAUGGGUAUGGCAAUUGGAGAACUCUUCCCAAGAAUGCUGGGCUACAAAGGUGUGGAAAGAGCUGCCGUCUAAGGUGGACAAAUUAUCUACGUCCGGACAUCAAAAGGGGCAAAUUUUCUUUGGAAGAGGAAGAAGCAAUCAUUCAACUGCACAGUGUUCUUGGAAACAAAUGGUCGACAAUUGCAGCUCGUUUGCCAGGAAGAACUGACAACGAAAUCAAGAACUACUGGAACACAAGCAUCAGAAAAAAACUUCUCCGAAACGGCAUUGAUCCGGUGACUCAUAAUCCCCGCCUCGAUCUUCUUGAUCUUUCCACUUUCUUCACCUCAAAUCUAUACAACUCACCUCAAUUCAUGAAUUUCCUAUCGGCCUCGCGGUCAUUAGGCCCCAACCCUAAUCCUCUCACCACCGACAAUUUUCUCCCUUCAACCUACCAAAACCUCGAUAAUUUUGUAUCCACAGAGGACCGCAUUAGUAAUCUUGAUAAUGCGUCACUACAGCCCAGCCCCGCACAAGAACUUGUCCAGUUUUCGAAUGAAUUGAUCGAGCCUAAUGCUGAUCAGUUCACGAGUUUCAGCACAACAGGGCUUAAUGAGUGGCAAUGCAGUGAAAUGGGGUCUAAUGUGAAUUAUGGGUACUACGGGUCGGGUCAGGAGAACUCGGGUUUCGGAUCCAACAGCAGCCACAACAAUAUGAGCUACACAUCGGUGAUGUCAACACCUCAGUCUGCGAGUCCAUUGAAUUUGAAUUCUACUGAAGAUGAGAGGGAAAUGAACAUGUUUAAUUUUCAGGAUGUGUUUAUUCGGUAUUGAUUAAAUUGUAGAUUUAUGUGAUCAUUGUAUGUAUUAUUUGCUCGGAAUAAUUAAUCGGACCACUUGUAAUUCUUUUA